AGUACGAAGCAGUGUUUGAGGCACAAUCAUGAAGCAGUCGGCACUUUGGCUUUUAGUUUCUUUGGCAUUUACUGCUGCAAUCGACUUUUCAACCCUUCCCGAAAUUUCUUAUAGAGGAAAAACUUUAACAUCCAACGAUAGACUUGUCUACAAGUAUGAAAAUGAUAUUUUGAACGGAAUUAAUGGCGUAUCUAAACACUAUGCUGGAUUAAAGAUCAGAGCUAACUUGGUUAUUGAAAUGGAAUCUGAUUUGGGAGUCAGAUGCCAAUUGCAAAAUGUUCAACUUUUGGGUGUUAAACGUAUGGAAUUACCCACUCCAUUCGAUCAACCAAUCAGAGGUGAAAUGACUCCUUUGACCAACGUUGACGAAUUGAUUGAACAACUUGAAUUGGCUUUUGGAGCUAAAUUCACUGAAGAGAGAAUCGUCUCUGGCCAAAUCUAUUGUCACAAACAAGAUACCGAAUGGUCCAGAAAUGUAAAGAGAUCCAUCAUCUCUACCCUCCAAAUCAACGUUCCACAAUACAAACUCAAGGAAAAUCAACUAGUCAACUUUGAAGAACGCGAUGUCAUCGGAACUUGUGAAAGUACCGUUGUUGUCUCCAGAGUCAACCCUGAAGAUGAAACCGAACUCGCUUUGACCAAGAUCCGCAAUUUCAACAACUGCCGCAACGCCGAAGUCGCUCCAAUCUACCAAUACUCUUUGUCUGGUGUUUCCAUGUGCAAUGAUCUCCCAGAAAAAAGCUUGGAAUGCAAAUACCAAGUCGUUCCAUCCAACAGAGUUGAAUACAGACUCCGCAAAGUUGGCGGAAACUCCAAAUGGGAACACAUGUUCACAGCCGUUCAACAAAAGACCGUCUACUUCUUACCAUUGACCCAACAAACUACCACCACAAUGGCCAUCUACGGUCUUCAAAGAUUCACAUUGGCAACUAUCCAAUCCGAAUUGAACAGAGAAACCGCAGUUCCAGAAUUGGACGGAAGUACUUACAAACGUUACAAUAUCGAAUUUGAAGUAAACGAAAAACAAUUGCUCCCAGAGCAAAUUGUUAAGGAAGUUGAACUUUCCGAAAGAGAACAAGAACAAUUAGUUAGAAGAAUCGUUUCCGAAAUUAACAGCCUCCACCAACACAUUAAAGUCGGAUCUGAAGAUGUUAAACAACAAUUGGAAAAGACUGUUGGAUUAAUCAGAAAAUGCACUCCACAAAUCUUAACCAAAAUCUACAAACAACUUUCUGAACAAGAAAAACAAGUUAUUUUCACCGAUUUGCUUCCAACUUGCGCAACUCCAGAAUGCGUUCAAGUUGUUCUUGAUGCCAUCAAAAACGAAAGAGUACCACUCAUUAAGGCAAUCAGCUACGUCAAGAUGAUCGCUUUGAACGCUCAACCAAACAAGAGAAUCAUCAAAUACAUCAUGACUCUUGGACAAAAUGUUGAAAAGAAGAGCCUUAAGAGACCAUUGAUCCUUGCUGUCGGUACAUUGACCAACAGACUUCUCCAAGUUUACCAAGUUGCUGGAAAGGAAGAUAAGAUCGUCGGAUUUGUUGAAGAAAUUCAAGAAUCUUUGAUCAGAAUUGUCAAGAACCAAAUGAGAGAUGUUGAACUUUGCAAAUGUGCUUUGAAGGCUCUUGGAAACAUGAAAUGUCAAGAAAACAAAUACUACGAAAUCCUUAAACUUAUACAGAACACUGACGUCCCAAGAGAAUUGAGAGUCGAAGCCGUCGAAGCUUUAAGAAAGACUGUUUCAGUAAAGCGAGUUGAAAAAGUUCUCCUCCAAAUCUUCCUUAACACCAACGAACAUGUUGAAUUGAGAAUGUACGCCGUACAAAGAUUGAUCGAUCAACAAUGUAGACUUGAAACUCUCCAAGUUAUCGUUCAACACCUCCAGAACGAAGCAAACUUGAACUUGCAAUCUUUUACUUAUUCUCUCUUAAAGGCUAUCUCCGAAAUCGAAACUCCAUCUCCAGUCUACUACAAAUUCGUCGAAAAGCUAAGACUCUUGAUGAUCACCAACAGACUCCCAACUUUCUCUCCAAAAUACUCUCAUACAUUGAAGGCCUGGAAUCUCGAUCUAGAAUCCAAGACUGGAGUAUACGCCUACUUGCAAUAUACCUACAGUAGAGUUUCCCAAGUUGUCCCAACAUGGCUUAGACUUAAAACUUUCACUUCAACCAUGGGCCACUACACCAGACUUUUGGAAGUCACCAUGAAAAUUCAAGGAAUGAACCAAUAUACUGAAAAAUUCCUCGGCAGAAAUAUCAACAUGAUCCCAAAACUAUUUAGCGAAGAUAUCUCUCUUGAAAAGAUUACUCAACUCUUUACCGAUGAAGAAAUGAGAAUGCCCAAACAAUUCUUCAACUUUUUCACCCAAAACAAACAUACUUACAACUCCAUGGAUGUUGAAGAAGAAACCGGAUUAGAACUAAAUGUUCGUCUUUUUGACUACGAUCUCAUGUUCGCCGAUUUCGAAUGUCUUAAGGAAGUUGUUAUGGAUACCGUUGAAAAAAUCAUGUCUACCACCGUCAGAGGAUCUCCUUUGGAACAAGUUAAGCAAUUGGCUGAAAAACUCCACCGAGGAAUUCAAAUUCAAACCACCAACAUCUAUGCUUCUGUAAACGCAAUGACUUUGGUCCCAACUCCCACUGGAUUCGGUGCUGCAUGGAACAAAACUGUCGCCUGGAUCAACCACCUCAACGGAAAGAUCCAAGUUCAAGCUAGACCAUCCCUCAAGGAAUGCAUCGAAGAAAUGAGACUACCCCAAAAGAUCGUCAUCAAGACUGGCGAAAAAACUUUCCAACAAAGAACCAUCACCUUUUUCAGAAGCAAAUUGGUUAGCAUGAUCCCACAAUUGUCCCAAGGAGUCAUGUACGAAGGAUUCGUCAGUACUUCUCUCCCCGUCAAAGGUGAAUUACAACUUGUCAAUGGAAACAACAAGGAUGUCUGGAUGAUCCAAGGACUAUACAAACCAUCCACCGAAUAUAGACCAACCGUUGUUUCAUACAUCAGACCAGUCGCUUUUGUCGAAUACCCAGAACACGAGCACCUAACUCCUCUCCUAUCUAAGAUGACCACUGAACCAUACACCAUUGAAAAGUUUAUCGAAUUACCAUACGUUGCCAAGAACUUGAAGGUUCAAAUCCAAUCUUGCAUUAGAAAGACCCCAGUUUCCUCCCUCGUACCUUUCGCUUGCCCAAAUAAGGUUGAACUCGUUUUGGAACCAGUUGUACCAACACCAGUUCGAUUCAGUUUGGAAUUUAGACCACUCCAAGCUAUCCAAAGACCAGAAUCUGAAGUUUACGAAACCUUGAGAAAGGCUUUGUUCGGUGAAGAAGAAGUCAAAUACGCUUUGGAAGAUAAUGAAUCCCGUAUCUCUUACAUUUUCGGAAAAGGCAGCGAAGGAAGAGUCGUCUACAAGAACUCUCUUAGAUUGAGAAUCAUCCAUGACACCACCACCGAUCUCUCUAUGGCUGAACCAAAGACUGAUUGCACUUUCCAUUGGGUCUUUACUCCCGAAUUUACUCAACACCAAUUUGCUUUGUUGAUGAAACAAUCUGUCCUUCCUGAAUUGUAUGUCAAGGGACAUUUGAUCGUUCCAUCUCUCUGCUUGAACAGAGUAUGCGAAGGACAAGAAUUUGCUGGACUCACCACCUUCUUGAACAGACGACGUGUAUCCAUGAUUAAAUUGUUUGUUGAUGAUAAUGAAAAGAUCAAUGAACAACUCGGAAUCCGAAACGAAAGAUGUUUCAACAAGCAAACUCAAUCCUUGAAGAAAAUUCUUCCCCAAACCAUCCGUAUGCAAAUCAAGACCAGCCCAGUUGUAUUGCAAUUCGUACCCGAAGGUCUCAUUAACACUUUGGUUGUUGCUCAACAAACCCUCCUCCAAGGUCUCAGAAAAGUUUCUGAUGUAUCUUUAAGAUAUCUUCCAUCUCUUCCAAUUACCGAAACUGAAAUGUACAUGAAGAUAUGCCCCGCUUUGGGCAAAGUUGACGUUGUUGCCAACUUAAUGAAACACUCCAUCAGAAUCGUUAACAUCCCAGUUUUCCGAUUCUUGGCUCCUCAAGCUCUUCCCGUUCCAGUUAACGCACAACAACAACUCAUUCAUCAAACCUUCCCCGCUGGUCUUUCUAGAUCCGUCUGUGUUAAGACAAGCAAAUUUGUUCAGACUUUUGAAAAUGUUGAAUACCAUACCAACGAAGAAACCGAAUGCGAAUCCGUCUUGGCCAAGGAUUGCCGUCGCGCACCGAAAUGGAUGAUCACCUCUAAGGUACUUUCUAAUGCUCACCAACAAAUCAAUGCUUACUUUGGCAACCAACAAACACUUGAACUUAUUCCAAGCACCUGGGGAGAACUUCCAGAGGUUAGAAUCAACGGUGAAGUUAAGGAAAUUGAAGAAUUCUCUACUCUUCGAAUCCCAGCCAAAUAUAAUCCAACUUUUAUCACCUGCACCAGAGACGGAAGACAAAUUGUCUGCGAAUGCGAAACUCUUGGAUGGAAGAUUGUUAGCGACAGUUACAAAGUCAAGGUAACUGUUGCCCCAGAAAUCAGAAACUACGUUUGCGGUCAAUGCGGUAACGAUGAUGGAGUUGUCGAUACUAAAACACUCAUCUCUCACACCAUCGCCUCCAGUUCAAGAUGCAGAAUCGAACGCAAACCACUCAGAGAGUGUCAACCAAUCUACAAACACAAAGUUAAAGAACAAUCUUACCCAAGAGGACCAAGCAAGGUCUGUAUCUCCGUCCUCGCCUUCCCAGAAUGCUCCGCCAACUGUCAAGUAUUGAAGAAAUUCUCCAAAGGCAAAUUACAACCAGUUAAAUACUACUGUAUGGAUAAAGAAUACGCCGUCAAGAAGGGAUACUUACCAGAAUAUUUCGAAGGUGAAAGCAUUGAAUCUGUAGGAGAUUUGGAAAUGGACAACAGCUUUGAAGUUAUGACUGAAAAGCUCUUGGACGUUGUCGAUACCUGCAAGGUUAGAGAAUGGUAA